GGUCAGCUGCGUUGUAUUACAAGGCUUCCUGGUUCGCUAAUAAAACCGAUGUCUUUUCUGUAUUAAAUGAUCAUUAAUGUAGACUGCUUUCUCACGAAUCAACGUAGAUUUCAGUAGACAGGAUCCGAUACAACCGCAGGCUCGAACAUGAACACGGAGAAGGACUUUUCGCCUUUGACGCCCAACAUCGUCAGGGCGCUGAAUGAUAAACUGUACGAGAAGAGGAAAGUUGCAGCUUUAGAAAUCGAGAAACUGGUGCGAGAGUUUGUGGCUCAGAACAACUCCACUCAAAUCAGGCAUGUGAUCCAGAUUCUGGCCUCGGAGUUUGCCCUCUCCCAGCACCCCCACAGCCGCAAGGGGGGUCUCAUUGGACUGGCAGCCUGCUCCAUCGCCCUCGGCAAGGACUCAGGUCUGUAUCUGAAGGAGCUUAUCGAGCCUGUGCUCACAUGUUUUAAUGACUCCGACAGUCGUUUGCGCUACUAUGCCUGUGAGGCCCUCUAUAACAUAGUCAAGGUGGCAAGGGGAGCCGUGCUGCCCCACUUCAACCUGCUCUUUGAUGGUCUCAGCAAGCUUGCAGCAGAUCCAGAUCCUAAUGUGAAAAGCGGAUCUGAACUCCUGGACAGACUGCUGAAAGACAUAGUGACAGAAAGUAACAAGUUUGACUUAGUGGCAUUUGUGCCCCUGCUGAGAGAGCGAAUCUACUCCAAUAAUCAGUAUGCCAGGCAGUUCAUCAUUUCUUGGAUCCAUGUUCUGGAAUCUGUGCCAGACAUCAACCUGUUAGAUUACCUCCCUGAAAUCCUGGAUGGGCUCUUCCAGAUCCUAGGAGACAACAGCAAGGAAAUCCGUAAGACAUGUGAGGUGGUGCUGGGAGAGUUUCUGAAGGAGAUCAAAAAGACUCCCUCGAGUGUGAAAUUUGCUGAAAUGGCCAACAUCCUGGUUAUCCACUGCCAGGUUGCAGAUGAGACCAAACUCACAAAUGACCUGAUCCAGCUGACGGCUAUGACCUGGAUGAGAGAGUUUAUCCAGCUUGCAGGCAGAGUGGUGCUCCCCUACUCCUCUGGCAUCCUAACUGCAGUGCUGCCUUGUCUUUCCUACGACGACAGAAAGAAAAAUACCAAGGAAGCAGCCAGUGCCUGUAAUCACAGUCUGAUGAAGCUGGUGACCCCUGAGGAUGAUGAAGAUGAGGAGGAGAUGAGAAGCGAAAGUACAGGGUCACCCUCCAGGGAAGAUGGCCAACCCAAGACAGAGGCAGACAGCAGUGAUAUGCUGACCGCAUCACAAGACUCUGUUGGUUUAAGUAAUAUCAGCUUCUUUACUCCAGCGAGUGCUGACAGGCCUCAGGUAACUCUGGACCUGGACGGUAUUGUUCAGGUGUUGGACCGUCACCUCCAUGACUCCUCCACUGGCAUGAUGACCCGUAUAGCUGUUCUCAAAUGGCUCUACCAUCUCUACAUCAAGACACCUCGCAAAAUGUUCCGCCACACAGACAGCUUGUUUCCCAUGCUGCUGAAAACACUGUCUGAUGAGUCAGAUGAGGUGAUACUGAAAGAUCUGGAGGUGUUAGCUGAAAUAGCAUCAUCUCCUGCCGGCCAAACAGACCAAGCUGGCUCCUGCAACAGCACUGACAACAAACUGGAGCUCAAGGUCCCAGAAGGUGCCAAGCUGGGACAGCAACACAGCACAUGCUCCAAAGCAGUGGACUCAUCCCCCUCCACUCCCAGCAUGAACUCCUAUUUUUACAAGUUUAUGAUCAACUUGUUGAAGCGCUUGAGUCUGGAGAGGAAGCUUCUGGAGAACAGAGGAGCUUUCAUCAUCAGGCAGCUGUGUUUGUUGCUUCAUGCAGAGAACAUCUUCCACUCCAUGGCUGACAUCUUGUUGAAGGAGGAGGACCUCAAAUUUGCUUCCACUAUGGUUCAGACGCUCAACACCAUCCUGCUCACCUCUGCCGAGCUCUUCCAGUUACGCAACCAGCUGAAAGACCUGCGCACUCAGGAGAGCUGCGCUUUGUUUUGCUGCCUGUAUCGUUCCUGGUGCCACAACCCUGUGGCCACUGUGUCGCUCUGUUUCCUCACACAGAACUACAAACACGCCUAUGAUCUCAUCCAGAAGUUUGGAGAUCUAGAAGUGACAGUAGACUUCCUGAUGGAGGUUGACAAACUAGUGCAGCUCAUUGAAAGCCCCAUUUUCACCUACCUACGUCUGCAGCUCCUCGAUGUGGAGAACAACCCUUAUCUGAUUAAGGCACUGUAUGGUCUGUUGAUGCUGCUGCCUCAGAGCCAGGCCUUCCAGCUGCUCUCCCACCGAUUGCAGUGUGUCCCUAACCCAGAGCUCAUGAGGACUGUGGAUGAGUCCAAGUAUAUGGACUCUAAACAGCAAGUGACCUUCAAACGUGCCUCUCACACUCAGAUGGAUUACAAUGAGCUGCUCCAGCAUUUUGACCGUGUCCAGAGCAAACAUCUGGAGGUCAGGCACCAACGCUCUGGGCGUGCCUCUGAUCACCCCGACAGGAAGCUGAUGUGAAGUGAUUGUGCCAUAGUGACCUCUGGUCGCUGAGAACAGCAAGAGGGGGUGGAGGAAAAUAUUUUAGGAAACAAUAUAUAUUGUACUGGAAAAGAUGAUUAAGACGCUAUUGAAGCCAAAAAGUAUUAAGUGAGUAUGAUUUAAAACUGUCUUAUUGGAGAAGCACUGGAUAUACACUGUCAUGUAACAACUCUUAUGUUUGUAAAUUUCUUUGCCAAUAAUGAGAGCAGUGUUAUGUAAGAGAAGGAAAACAUUUUAAAUGGGAAAUAGAUUUCAUAAACUUCAGACUGUACUUACUGUGAAGACUUGGAGGAUGUACAUAAAAUUGCUUACAUCAUAACUAGUGGUGAUCUCAGCAGCUGAGAUUUUUAUCUGGCUAAAUGAAAUGGUCACAGUAUUUCAAAUGAAAAUGUCACCCGUCUUAUUGUUAAAUAGCACACUUCUCUGUGUAAUCUUAUAGUAUUUUCAUUUGUUGAUCCUUCUGAGUAGUAUGAAUAGGCUGUGCGCUCAGGGUUGCCUUAAUCUCAUGUCAGCCAGAAAAGAAAUCUCACAUGUAAAGUGCUGACCCAGCUCAACUGAGAUUUUAAACUCUGGAAACUGUGGGUGACUGAAGUCUGGCAUAAAUUCUGUGGAGGCCCAUAUUGUUACACCUCUUGCCAUUUCUGUGUUUGUGCAGCUGAUCAGGAACUUUACACAUCUCCAAGCUUUUAAUUUGAUUUCUUUCUUAUAUAGUCUUCAGCUAAUAUGUAUUUCUCUUUGUUUGUACAGUGUCUGUUUAUCUUGCAUUCUUAAAAAGAGUUGCACUUUUGUCAUUCCUGUAUGAAAAUCAAUAAAGUGGACCACGUGAUUGAAUUUUUUUUUUUAACAGAUCCAUGUAGUGCACAAAACUAUGUAAUUAAAGAUACUAUGUGUGAACAGAGGAGGAGAAGAAAGCUGCAGACACAUUACCGCUACUAUUAAUGACCUUUUUCUAGUUUGUGUUGCAUCCUGCAUAACCUGCAGCCUUUCGAAAGUGGCGUAAUCAAUAAUUCAGUCUCUAUUUAUUACCAUAAUUGGGCUCAUUUUACAUCAAGCUUGAAAUGUACACUAUUCAGUCAGUUUUACUUUGUGCUUAAUUGUGUGUGUAAAUGCAUUCAGUUAACUUUCAUAUAGGUUUCGUCUGUGAUUAUGAGCAUAUUAUCCAGGCUAGAUUCUAUUGAAGCAAAUGAGGAAUUGCAUUGAAGCGAUGAUCUUCAAGCAUAUGGCUUGUAAUUUUUUAAUAGUCAAAAUUAGCCUUUCAUCUGUUUAAAUGCUUCUUAGUUCUUAAAAUUGAAUUAUUCUGCAGUAAAUGGUCUGUAAAAUUUUAU